AAGCGCUUUGAACUUCCUGCCUGCCUUCCUUCACAUCCCUGCGGACUCGCUUGAAGCUGUCGCGGAAGACUCCAUUCUCUCUUGGUCCAAACGGCAUCUAUACCGCUUAAAAGUGAGAGGGGGAAAAUCUGGUCGAUCCAGGCAAAUUGGAUGUUCCUUGCUCCAGACCACAGUUAUGAGGGGGAGGGCUACAAGGAGGCGAGGGAGGAGGCAGAAACUCAGAGGAAAUGGGUGUAGAGUACUCCUCCUAUGCUUCCACACAUUCCGACUAUCCUGGAAAAGAGCGCUGAAGGAGGAUAACACCACCUCUUGGGACAAAACUCCAAAGCUUCGAACUAAACUGAGCAGGCUCAACCAUGGUCUAUCUGCUCAUAUCCUUGACUGUGCUGCAUCUGCUUACUCUGUCCAUGCUCCUCGUGGCAACCCUUGAGAAGUCUUGGUGGGUGUGGGAUGAUUCGGAAAUCAGCGAUCUGUGGUAUAACUGUUUCCACGACAACGCCACCAAUACGUGGCUGUGCGCCGCCACCAACGAGAGCGACUGGCUGCAGUCGGUGCAAGCCCUCAUGGUUCUGUCGGUGGUCUUCUCGUCCAUCUCCCUACUUGUGUUUGUGGCUCAGCUCUUCACAAUGUCCAAAGGAGGGCUCUUCUACUUGACGGGACUGUGUCAAGCUUUUGCAGGCUUGACGGACUUCGCCGCUUGCCUCAUCUUCACCUUCCACAGGAAGGAGAUCCUCAACGACUCUAGAGAUUUGGCGAAGGGUCGCUUUGGUUAUUGCUUCAUCCUGGCAUGGCUGUGCGUCCCUCUCCUGAUUAUUAGCGGUGUUCUGUACGGACACCUGCGAAAGAAAGAAUGAAAGUACGCUUCUUUAGGCUUUGUGCGUUUCAAUCAAAAGGACUGAAAGGGUAUAUUGUUGUUUAUGUCAAAAUGUCUGAAAUUAAGAACAUCUACAAAAGUGCAAAAAGUGCACACAGCAAAUCUAUGCAUGCCUUGAAUGAUCUUUAUCACGUUCAAGUUUGAAAUGUCAAAUGUGUUUUUUAAUGACUGAUUAAAUUUACGGUUUUAAUAUGUGAAAAAUUAAUUUUUUUUCAUGUUUAAUUUCAUCCAGAGUUGCCCGAUUUAAAAGCAUAAUAAAAAAAUUUCAGAUCAUAUCGACAUAGGUGUAAUGUAGAAGUGAAUGUAGAAGUCUACUGCAUUCUGUUUUGCACAAGGGCUGGUCACAGCUUAGCACAGCAGCAUGUCUGCUACUUUUACUGGAAGUCCAAAGUCAUGAUUACAUGACCUUAUUUUUAUUUUUCAUUUUUUUUAAAUACAGGUAGUACCCGCGUUAGGACGGACCCGACUUUACGACGCCUGAGUCUCGUCGUUAUUUUUUAUAAUGUUGACUUUGUUUUGUGAUGCAUGCUUUUAUUUUGGUGCAGGAAGCGUAGAACAGGAAGCGAGUUCAUGUACAGACACCCCCCACACGCACACACAGAACAGCCGAGUGACAGAGGUGACAACCUGCGCUCACAUUUGUUGCUUGUGAAGCAUCCACAGGCGACUGCUGUUUAUAACCCAUUUUGUACUGUUUAUUGUGCGUCUUCAAUUGUGUGGUUGACUACUUGGGGCGAGUUUAUUUGAUUGUUUUUGAUGAUGUGCUAACUGAUACAUGCUAAUCAUUUAGUAUUACUGUAUCAGCAGCUACUUGUAAUCGCAAAUUUGAAUUGCCGUUAUUGAAGAUGAGACUCAUUAAAUUUCAUUUCAUUUUAGUUUCAUUCUGCAAGUGUUGAUGUUAUGAGCAGCUGAAUAAAGUCAG